UUAUGGUACAUGUUAAUAAUUUAUGUUUGAUAUUUGUAUUUGUGUUCUAUUUUGUUCUUUUCUUUACGGUAUAUGACUAUUUUGCAAUAAUUUCAAUGAUUCUUAUGAUAUUUGGAGGAAAGAAUAUGGCUUUUACAUGUCUUGAGGUUUUUCUUUGUUGAUGCCCCACCAUGAUUGACCAGUGUGAUAAGGACUUACAGAAGCAUGUAUGUUUUAUACUGUUUGUAAUAAGUAAUUUCGUUAAUCUUGCUGCUUAUGUGCCAAUUUAGUGAAACCAAUCUUUGCCGCAACCUCCUCCCUCCCCUUCCAUUCUCUCGAUCCUGUGAUAUUAUCCAAGAAUGUAUCAAUAAAGGAUUUUGGUUAACUUUUUUUUAUUUACUCCAAUAAAUAUAUUUUUUCAGUUGUUCCCUCCCCCUCUCCCCUUGUGACUUAACAUUUAUUUCCUGGCACUGUCAGACAUCCAGAAGCCCAGCACAGCGGGGCUGGUGCACAAGGAGAGGGCUGGAGAAAGUCCUGGGGGAGCUGGAGCUGACUGCAGGGGGAGAAAGUGCUUGAAGGGUCUUUGGAAGGUCUGUAAGAACCCCAGAGCCAAGCUGGAGCCCCACCGUGCCAACCUCCCCUCGGUGUUUGAGAUCUCCAAAGCUGCUGCCAGCUGCCCAGAUGCCUUUGAAGGACAACAGCACAGCAGAAGCAGAGCACCUGCAGCACCUUCGGCAUGGCAACCACGGCUCGGCUGCUCCGAGGAUCCUGGGGAAGGUAUUUAGCCUCCCAUUUUCUGCAGACAGCCUGAUCAAUUAUCCUGAUGAGUUAAUCAGCAUCAAGAGAAGCUGUGACAGCUGCGGCAGGGCGCAUGGAGAUGAGGAGCCGGGUGUCACAGCCUGGCUCUGCAGGGCACGGCCUGGGGAUGCUCCUGCACCCCGGGAUGAGCUGCAGCUGCCCCGCAUGGAACUGCACCAGAUAGCUGCCACUUCAAGACAAAUUUCCACUUCAGUCUGGAGGCACAGAACAAAGAUUUCCAAUGUCCUCAAUUAUUCAGCACAGCCCUUCUUCCCUGAGAGGGCCCUGGAAGAGCUGCAUCCAAGAGCAGAGCCAGUGCCUGGGAGCUGCCCACAGGGCUGGCACAGGGCUCAGCCCCUCCUGAGCCUGAGGAGAACAGAAACCAGAGAAAGCUGCAAGGAGUUCCAGCACAAAUUAUCAGAGAAUCAGUGUCACAGUCUGAAAGGGCAUUUGCCACCAGACCUGUCCCCACACCACCACAGCCUGCAGGCCCAGCCCUCCAGGAGCUUUGCUGAGCAUCCUCAGCUUGUGUGUGGGAAUCCCGGAAUCCCAGAAUCCCGGAAUCCCAGAAUCCCAGAAUCCCAGAAUCCCAAAACCAUUUCAGUUGGAAAAGCCCUCCCAGCCCAUCACAUCCAACCUGUGCCUGAUCCCACCUUGUCCCCAGCCCAGAGCUCUGAGUGCCACCUCCAGGAAUUCCUUGGACACUCCAGGGAUGGGCACUCCAAACCUCCCUGGGCAGUUCCAAAGCCUGAGCUCCCUUUCCAUGCAGAAAUCCCUCCUGAUGUCCAACCUGCCCCUGCCCUGGCCCAGCUUGAGGCCAUUUCCUCUCCUCCUGUCCCCUGGGAGCAGAGGGACCCCCCAUCCCUGCAGGCUCCCUGCUCUGGCACAGGUGUCUGGGCUCAGGAAGCCUUGGUGGCUAUUUUUCCUCUUUCUUUUCCUUUUGCUUCCUAAGCAAAAGCAACUCUCACUAAUCAGGGAGAGCUUUUGCCACGUUUCAAGCAAGUGCAGAGACUCCAAGCUCAAAUUGCUCUAAUAAUUUAUUCUGGUCUUGAAAUCCCCGGGGUUAUUUCACAGAAAAUGUAUUUUAAG